UCCACAUGCGAUUCACCCUGACAGCUGCCACUGAUUUUAAUGUGUAUCCUUGUUUUACAACUUCAUCUCAACAGCUCCUGUGGUGCUUCUGAUCGAUGUUGAUCUGGAGGAUAAACCCUGUUUAUGUGUAGGAUUAGAUAGUGACUUGUGUCAUAGAGGAUUUUAUGGAUUGCCUUGAUGGAUCACCUAGGCAGUUCAGCAACUUCAAAAAGGACGACUUUGAGGCUGACUGGAUUAAAGUGGCAGAAUGCAGAUUUGGUCAAGUGUACCAAGUCAAGCUCAAGCUCUGGCGGGAAAAAUGUGCCCUGAAAAGCUUUGACACAACCUGUGCAAACAACUUUUACAGGAGAAUAAUUGACGAGGCGGCCAACAUAGCUGCUGUGAAAUUCAAGUACAUAGUGUCCAUCUACGGAUUGUGCAGUGACGCGACUGCCAUGGUGAUGGAGUACAUGAGUAAUGGAUCGCUGAACAAUCUCCUAGCCAGUCACACUUUGAUGUGGCCAAAGAAGUUCCAGAUGAUUCAUGAGGCUUCCAUGGGUAUGAAUUUCCUCCACAGCAUGCAACCCCCACUCCUCCAUCUUAACCUCAAGAUGUCCAACAUCCUACUAGACGAUCAUCUGCAUGUCAAAAUUUCAGAUUUUGGUUUAAUCCACUGGGAGGAGGGAAUGAACAAGAAGUUGUUCAUGGAGCAUCUGACAGCAAGAGGGAACAUAAGUUACAUUCCUCCAGAGACCUUCACACAGUGCCCUGAUCCUCCAGGAACCACCUUUGAUGUUUACAGCUUUGGUAUUGUGAUGUGGGAAAUUCUGACACAACAGAAACCAUAUGCAGGGUGCAGCAUGACCACAGUGCUCUUACAGGUGUCACAUGGUAAGAGACCCGGCAUGGAGAUGUUUCCUGAACGGAAGCCACAUGAGUGUGAUCAGAUGAUCAGCAUCAUGAAGCAGUGCUGGGACCAGGAUCCCAAGAAGAGGCCGCAGUUCUUAGACACUGUGAGGAAAACGGAGGCUCUGAGUGAAGUCCUACAGAUCCCAGGACCGAUCCACUGUUACGGAAAUGGUGACAAUGAAAAGAAAUCAGAUUACAGCUGUGUGGUUUCUCCCGUGUGUAAAAUUUCUUUGCCUGAGAUACCUGACCUUCCCUCAGCUGACCAACAUAGCAAGGAUGGCAUCCUCGCUUUCCUGUCAAAGAAGGACUUUAGUAGUUUCAGACAGUCAGUGAAAAGAGAGCACAUAUACACACACUUCUCAGGUAAAAAGAAUCUGCUGCACUUUACGGUAGCCAGCGGGGAUGCAGAGAGUGUGGAGCAUGUCAUGAGCCUGGGUGCUGAAGUCAACUGUACGACCGCCAGAGGUUACACUCCUCUUGUUAUUGCUGUCCUGCACAGGCUUCAUGACAUCAUCUCUUUGUUGCUGGAACAUGGGGCUGAUACCACCCAGGGAGAUGAGGACCAGUGGACAGCGCUUCAUUUUGCUGCUCAGAACGGAGAUGACAGGACUGUCCGUCUCCUGCUGGACAAAGGAGCUGUGGCAGAUGCCCACGAAAAAUCUGGUUGGAUGCCCCUCCACCUGGCCUGCCAGAAUGGACAUGAAACAGUAGUCCGCCUGCUGCUGUCACGACUGUCAGGCGAAGCAGUUGGAGAAAGGGAGGAGGCAAGAGGGAGGACGCCGCUCCACGUAGCCUCUGCUUAUGGGCAUCUGAAUAUUGCCAAGCUCCUCCUUUCUCACGGAGCAGAUCCCAAUGCCACAGACCACUCUCUCGCCACUGCUCUUCACUUAUCAGCUGAGGAAGGCCAUAACAGAGUAGUCAGACAGUUGGUGAAGAGCGGGGCGAAUACUGACAGUGCAGACGACAGAGGAUACACUCCACUUCACAUGGCAGCUCUGAAGGGUCAUACAGGCAUAUGCAGGCAACUAUUGUCAAAUGGGGGCAGCCAAGACUCCAAGACCCUUCAAGGUUGGACUCCCAUGCACCUGGCUGCCCUAAAGGGACAUGAAACCACCGUUGUCCAGCUGGAGCAUCAGGGCUGUUGUGUGAACGCUAGAGGUGAGAAUGGAUGGACCGCGCUCCACCUCGCCUGCCACCAGAGCGAGGCAGAAGUGGUGGCAAAGCUCCUGGCAGCCAAAGCUGACCCAAAUGUGACAGAAGACAGCGAAGGAUGGACUCCACUACAUGUAGCCUGUAGUAAUGUUAGUUUCCCAAGUGUCCUCCACUUGAUAUCACAUCAUGCGGAUGUGAAUGCAGUAAACUCAGGAAAGGUGACACCUUUACACCUGGCCGCCCAGCAUGGCUGUGCACCUAUUGUGAAAGCUCUACUGCUGAAUGGAGCAGACAAGACUCUGCUGGACUCUUCUGGAUCCACAGCUCUGAAGGUGGCCCACAGGUAUGAAAAAUUGGAAAUAGUGCAACUAUUAGAGAAGGAAUGUUGACCAUGACUCUAGAGAGCAACAUGAUUGGAAACAUUACAGUACAAUGAAAACAUCAAUGACACAGUUGGAAUAAUCUUUCCUUUGAGUAGUAAGCUACUUAAAACUUAAAUGGAUUAUUAAAUCAUAGUUCCAUUAUUACAUUAUGAAUACAAUUUUAAGUAAGGUUCACAAAGUCUAUUUUCUAUAUUAGUCAAGUAUACUCAAAUACUGUGAAUCAUUAUAUAAUCAACAUGUUUUUUGGUUUCCAAAUAAAUAAUAAUAAAUACAUAACUUUUGGCCUAGUAUUUCCAGUGGCUACCUUCCUUUAAGCUACUACAAAAGUACCAUAUAAGUCUAUUUUCUAAUGCAUCAAUCAGGCAUUUACAGUGAAAAUAGUGAUACAAAGUCUAAAAGAUUUAUAGUAGAAAAUAAGAGUGAGCUAAUGACAAAACACAGAUUGAGUCUCCUCUAUAAACUAGCUUGCUUCUUAUGUGUGAAUAGAAUUAAUGUUGCUGCCACACGUGGAUGAAAAUGAACAUAUAAAGAGCAGCUGUUAUAAUGAAUUAUAGAGGCAUUCAUUUGAUUAAACCUGUCGUACUUUAUGAAGUUAUUGUGUGUCUAAUAAUCUGGUAAGAAAAAAUACAGAUGACAGAAUUGGAUCGCUGUUAUUGGCACCACACUGCAGCACUUUUCAAUUUAAAAAUGCAAAAAUGUAUUAUGCCAAGCCAAAGGUGAUGGCAGCAGAUAGCUCUGAUUAUCAGUCAUUCCCUGCAGAUUGUGGACAGUACCGCCCAAUUUAUGCAACAGUCAUUUACCACAGUGACACCUUAUUGAACUGAAAUGAAAUGCAUGGAUUGCGGAACUGUAUUGACCUACACGUUCACAGGGUUUUCCCUGGAACCACAAGAGACUGACUCUGAUGGGGGACUGGGAGUUGAGCUGCAUCAAAUUACUGUACUGUAAGUGCCAGGCAAAGUUAUUGGACUCAAACUGGGCUGAGAUUUUUUUUCCAGUUGCAAGUGUCUGCAAAGUCUACUGUGUGUUCUAUUGAUUAUAUUUAGUCAGGUGUGUUGUAAGUUUGAGGUUUGCUACAACUAAAACUGCCCAGUGUCUGUUUGCAUAAUAACAUGAAAGAGAUAACAUACAAGCACUCUUUUUUCCCUGCAGCUGUUACUCUGGUUAAGUCAGUAUCUUAAUAAUUCAAUGUGAAUUUCUUAUAUUUUAACUGUUUGACUUGUAUACAUAUAUGUUUAAAAAUAUUUUUUAUGCACUCUGUUUUGUUUUGUUCUGUGUUUUCUUGUAUUCUUUUACUGCUGUGCAACAAUUGCCAACAAUAAAGUAAUUGAAUCUUGAA